CAGAACGAAACAAAACCGAUCGGGAAAGAGGAAAACAAAGUCAAGAGUGACACUCCUGUCAAAACAUACGUCAUAGUUCCGCGAAAGUGCAGUUUACAUGCACUUGCAGUUCGUAUUUGUUUCGUCGGUGGUUACUCAAGAUCUGUGUUAUCUGGAACAGUUGAUUGUCUGUGCCGUCGCGAAAAAUCCCUUCCCUGUAAAACGAACGUUCCCUGGUUAUGCGCUUGUAGCUCGUUAGAUUCCACAAAAAACUGUUUUGAUCAAGGGCGGAUAAUGGAUAUCUUGACACCAAUUCUGAUUUGCCUGUUUGUCUUCUUCCUGUGCUCGCUGUGCGGCUACUGUUGCCGAAGGAAACAACAAGGGGCCAUAUUCUCAACUCCGGUUAUAGUGACCUCAACAACAACUACAACAGGACCUGGUGGUUAUCCAAUCACAGUACAGGGAACACCCGGAGGUGGUCUUCAAGCGACACCAUAUCCAACAACAACACAUAUGCCAAUGCCCCAACCACAAAUGCCAGUCAAUCCACCUUAUCCAACACACGGAGGGGCCAUGCCACAACCAUAUAUUGGAACGCAAGGAUAUCCUUCCAAUCCGCCUUACCCGCCGAUGAACGAUCCCAGCCGAAUGAAUCCACCAUCCUAUGACCAAGUUGUGAGCUCGGAAGCUACCCAAAAGCAAGCUCCUUACAAUCCAAACUACAUGGGAAACUAAGACGUCUUAUUAUAUACAUUUUUCCUUCCUACAAUCCACAUGUAAAGUACAUUUUUUUCCAAAAAAUACUGUUUUACCUUUAAUCGCUCGCCAUAGUAUAGCACAUACAUACAUUAUCCUUCAGUCGCAAAGACGAUGACAAUGACAAGGGAAGUGGAUAAUAACGCAAAGCUAUAGUCAUGAGCAAACAACAAACAGUUUAUAUUCGAGAUAUUAAGACUUUUCAUUAAGUGUGAUUUUUUAUUUUAGUUAUAAAUAAAAGUAUAUACAUGCAAUAUGCUCAUAAGUAUAUGAUUGAAUGGGAAUUUAACAUUAUUCAGAUACGUAGGGCAAGGAUCCGCGCGAGUCUUACUGUUAGACAAUUCGAUUGGAUUAAUUUUUCAACGACAAUUUCUUAAAAACGAAACCAAGUAUAAAACUGAUGCUGUGUGUCUUCUAACAAAUUUAUUGAAUAUUGUUAGCCAUAAAUGAUAAAUUUAGAGCCUUACAGAUAAUAUACGAAUGUAUAUAUAUACAGUGUAUUAAAAUGUGUAUUUAAUGCUUUUCUAAGAGAUCUUAAUCUAGUUUUGAAAUUAAUUUUUUAUUCAUAUGAAUAUGUAUUCGGUUGUAUAAAUAAAGUGAAGUUUUCUUGAAAAGUGUAAA